AUGAAGUUCAAUCUCGACUCGGCCUCAGAGGUCUCUGGAGACGAACAGCCUUCACCGACUGUCGUUCGAAAGUCGCUCCCGCAACAACACACAUCCUUGCAGAAGGUUCAGCAGAACUACGCCUCGACUUCCUCAUCACAAACACCGACGCGGAAGGGAAUCCUUCGACACACUUCAUCUUAUGGAUCAUCAACAACACCGAGCACACAGCGACAACAACGAUUUCACGAUAGAGAAGACGUGGAUCAGCCGCAGCUGGAGCAAUCCAGCCAGCAGGACACGACACCACGCCGUCGCAGUGUUCAGACGUCCUCUUCCCUACCUUUUCAGCAACAGCAUCAGCGAAGGCGAAGUAUCACUCCUGCUUUCGAGCUUGUUGGCGUUGCUUCCAGCUCUCGCUCCCCUUCGACUUCCCGGCUAGAUGCACCGGGCAGACCCGUACAGAGACCAUCCUCAACGGUACCACCAUGGAUGCACUCAUCUUCCAGUCGCAUCCCACGCAGUACUCUCAAGGCCUACGACUUUGACUCUUCAGACGAAGACAAUGCAGCUCUCUCUUCCUCUGACGAGGAUGAUGACAGCCGGCUCCUCGACGCAUCCAAUUCUGAUCCAGACGAUGUUGCAGGUGAUGCUUCCGAUGGCUGGUCUUCACCACAAACCUCACCUUACGAUCAAGAAGAGACCACCGACAGUGAAGAAGAAGCAUACCCUCUAUCUUCUCGCACACGUCGUCCUGGCUCAUCUUCUCGACGCAGACCCACCUCUGCAGUCAAGCUGGCAUCCAUUGUAGGCGACGACUGGGAAGAAUGGAACCGUAACGCUGCACAACUUGCCUGGCAGCGUGCUCGCACAUCCAAACGCGACUCUCUUGCUCCCGCGCCUCGUUCUCGUUCUACCACCGCCGCGUCCUUCUCCGCAGACGUUGAUGAGGUACAAGCCUUACUCUCGUCCCUCAACAUGCGUCGGGCCGAGGAAGACGCCGAGGUGAAGCGAGCUUUCGAAGCGCGUAACAAAGAUCUAUGGUCCGGCAUCGACGCAUCUAUCCUCGCUGCUGAGACUGAGGCACGCAAAGCCGCGGCCGCGGAGGCAGCACGUCUCGAAGCCGCGCGCAAGACGCAAGAAGCCGAACGCAAAGCGGCACAAGCAAGGCAAGCUGAACAAGAACGCAUGGAGGCCGAAAAGAAGGCAGCUGCAGCCAAAGCCGAACGCAAGAAGCAGGAAGCAGAAGCGCAAGCAGAGCAGCAGAAACAGAGCGAAGCAGAACCGGCCAAAGCCGCAGCGAUGGUUGGAACUGGCGACGAUAUUCGAAAAACAGCACUCAGAGAGUACGUGGGAUGGAUGGAAAAGAUUCGAAAUAUCAAGACGAACGUGCUUCCCGCGAUAUCGUCCAAUCCAGAACUCAGGAAGCAAUGCUUUGCGGCUAAGCGGCAGAUCACGCCAAAAGUGGGGCAGUUGACGAACUCGAGGCAGGAGAUUACAAGAAUUACACAGGCGAUAGCCAGUGUUCUCGACGCGGCUAAGCAGGCUGCUGCGAGUGGCAGUGGAGACGUCUAUACUUGGAUCCUGAAUCAUCUGUCCAAGUGUUUGAUCAGGCAAGCGGAGCAAGAAGUAGCAGCAAAGCAAGAUACCGCCUAUCCUCUCGCCCGAGUCGUAGUUUGGCUCAUGUUGCUAGGCCACGUAGAACUGGGAGAUGUGUUGAUGGCUAGGUUAUGCAAGAAGUGUCCCUGGAUCAUUCCCGCCUGGCCAGGCCGGACGAAGGAGAUGGAUGAAGCGACAUACCGGAAGGUCAUGGGAUACAAGUCUGCCGACGAAACCACCGAAAAUUACUCGAACCGGAUGAACGGCAUCUCAGCAUUCUACUUUGCCAUCCUUCAAACGGUUCCAAGUGCUCCACCUGGGGCGAGUACCCUCGAUUUGGAGCGCAUCCCAGUCCAUCUCCGCUCUACAACGCUUUGGCGGUGGAGCGUUCGCGCUCUCACACCUUCAAUGGCUGGUGUGGCGUUCCUAGACCACCCAAUGUGUCCGUCCACCUGGGCAGUAUUCAUCGAGAUUGCGGGUACAUAUGCACUGAAGCUGUAUGGUAAGCAGAUGAGGAAAGUCUUUGAGCUGCUAUUAAGGGAUGGGCUGCAAGGGAAGAAGGCUGGGUGGCUGCAGCAGGACAAGCCAUAUGUGAAGGCUGCCACGGUCAGGUUGGAGUUGCUGUUGACUGAUUGGGCAGGGUCUUCGGGUAAAGCGGUCAUUGUGGGGGCAACGAAGGGGUCCGAGAUGGAACCGUGA